AUGGCUAUUGAAUGUUUAUCAGAAUUGAUAAGUCGAUGCCUGGUUGAAGCGGUGAGGAAAAGAAACUAUGACAGGAGAGUUUACAGUUGCAAGAUGCAUGACAUGAUUCGAGAAAUGAUAAUCAGAAUUGCAAAAGAAGAGAGCUUUUGCAGUUUAGAUGAGAAGAAUGCAAACAUAGCCACAAUCCACUCUUGCCGUUUGGGUGUGACAAAUGAAACAUUGUUGCUGCACAUGGAUGGAAACUCAAAGUUAAGGGCACUUCUUCUCACCAAAGCCAAUUGCAUUGGCUUCACUAGGUAUGUUGCAUUGGCUCAAGUCAAGUCUCUCCGUGUUUUAGACCUCGCACACGUCAAGCUUGAGGAGAGUGACCAAUUUUGUGAAGAGGAUAUGUGGCAUUGGAUCACAUCCUUCAAACGCCUAGCUUAUUUGAGUUUUCAAGAUGUGGCAAACUUGACUAAAUUGCCACGAUCCAUCAAAAAGUUAUGGGCCCUCCAAAUUUUGGUACUUGGUGAAUACAAGAACCUAAAACAGCUCCCAAGAUCAAUAACUGCUCUUCCAAAGUUGACCGUCUUGGAUGUGGGGAAUUGUACCUCUCUUUCUUAUCUACCACGAGGUCUCUCCAAACUCUCCCAUCUUCAAGAGUUGUAUGGCUUCAAGAUACCUGAUACAACAAUACCAAAAGCUUGUCACUUGCGUGAUCUUAAGGAUCUGAGAGAACUUCGAGUACUACAAUUGGAUGUCGGAUGGAAGUAUGAUAGAGGAGGAAGAACUAACGAGAAGCUGGAGAAGUUUUCACCACCUAAAUCUCUCGAAGAAUUGUACCUAAGGCACUUCUGUGGAAACACUACUCCAGCAUGGAUAGCCCCCAAAUUGCUAGAUCGAUUGCAAUAUCUUUGUAUCAAGAUUCCAGCGUGCUACAACAUAUGA